GCAGAAUCGAGCUCAAGCAGCCGUUCAGCUAGCUCGCAAACAAGGUAGCGAUGUCUUCCGCAGUGUUGCUACUUGUUUCGUUGGCGGUGCUGCCGCUGGCCACCGGAAGCAACGCGCAGCUGCAGAACGGGUUCUGCAAGGGCAAGUGUGGCUCCAACGACGUGGAGGCCAUCGUGCAGGGCGUCGUCAAGGCCCGCUUCUCCCGGGACGCCACCAUCGUCGCCCACCUCCUGCGCCUGCUGUUCCACGAGUGCGGCGUCAAUGGGUGCGACGGCGGGCUGCUGAUCGACGGCUUUGGCACGGAGAAGACGGCAUUGCCGAACCUGAGUGUCAAGGGAUACGACCUGAUCGCGGAGAUCAAAACUGAGCUCGAGAGACGGUGCCCGCGCGUGGUUUCCUGCUCCGACAUCGAGAUCCUGGCCACCAGGGACGCCAUCGCUCUGGCCGGCGGGGCAAAAUACUUGGUGCGCACCGGCAGGAGGGACGGCCGGCAGUCCAGGGCCUCCGACGUGAACCUGCCGGCGGCAAACAGCACGGUGGCUCAGGCCACCUCUUUCUUCGGCAGGCUCGGGCUCAGCCAGUUCGACAUGGCCCUUCUCCUGGGCGCGCACACGGUGGGCGUCACGCAUUGCAGCGUGGUCAAGGGCAGGCUGUACAGCCACGGCGGCAAGGCCGGCGCCACGGACCCAAGCCUGGACCCGAGCCUGGCAUCCGUGUUCAAGAAAUUCGUGUGCCCCAACACGCCGUCGUCGGACAACAACAUCGUCUUCCUGGACGACCAGCCCAGCGCGCUCAGGGUGGACAACGGCUACUACAAGAUGCUCCAGCGGCGGCGCGGCGUGCUGUCUAUCGACCAGAACCUCUACGGAGACGGCUCCACGCGGUGGAUCGUCGACAUGCUCGCCAACACCGACAACUUCCGUGCGCUCUUCCCGCAGGCGCUCGUCAAGCUCGGCGAGGUUAAGGUGCUCACUGGCGCACAGGGAGAGAUCCGCAAGGUCUGCAACAGGUUCAACUGAUCUCGUUUCUUCGUUCUUUCAAGCUCAAUGCGUGCCUGCAUCGUCGACGUUCGUGUGGUCGACGAAUCAAUUUCGUUAUUGUGAAUUUUUGAUCGAUAUGCUUCUUUUUUCCAUUUGGUUUUGGUCAAAUCAAUUUUGACCCCAUUUCGAUUCAUUUGUUUUUCCUUCCGUUCAACAGUUUGUAUAAGGUUGCACAACCAGUAAGAGUUAAGAAGAUUUAAUUACAGGAUGUACAGUAUUUGUUAUUUCCUUUCAGAGAGAUGAAAUGUAAUUGUUGUCACGAA